AAGAUGAAAGCGUCUCUGACACCCUCUGGCUGAGUAUAAUGAUAGAGAACCACACACACACUUUGCUGACUCACUACAGUUACAUUUCAUUUCCAGUCAUUUCACAAUACUUGAAAACAUACACCACAGGUCACAGCAUCAUGAAAUGAUUAAAUGAACCAAAGGAAAUAAAAAUAAAAAAAGAUGUGUAGCUUUCUCUAAUUCAUAACUGCACUGUUUAGUGUAUGCCAUCUUCAAACUGCUUAAAUUAUUUCCUCGAUAAUACAUAAACAAAUGAGCAACUGAUGCAGAAAUCAACAUUUCAGUAAAAAUGACCAUUUGAAAACGUUUUAAAGUCUGUCUUUAAUGAAAAGUGGUGUUCGGUCUACUUGUGAUGCUGUGUCCACCAUAAAGUUUGCAGUUUACAACAUAGACGCCAAACUAAUGAAACAUACAGUAUGACUGUGAAAAGUGGAGGCAGACGGGUGGGAUGAUGACUGGGAGGCGCCUGCCCUCUCAUUAACCCCCCGUUUCCUCCACACCUCUUUGUUUACACCUACAGGUCGGUGAAGUCAGGCAGGAGUGUCGCCGCUUCGUAGACUUCACUCUGUCCUCUCUGGAGCAAAAAAAAAAAAAAACUACAAUGUUUGUGUCUGUGCUCAGCUGUGUUUUGUUGUUUGGACUUUCACAUGCUUCUGACACUGUUGUUCCUGCCCAGCUCGGGCCGCCGUCGCUCGGCUUCAGUUCCUCGGUCCGCUCGGUGUGUAAACCCAUCCCGAGCACCCUGUCUCUGUGCCACGGGAUCGGCUACAGGCACAUGCGGGUCCCCAACUUGCUCGGCCAUGAUACACUGAGGGAGGCCCAGCAGCAGUCGGCGGCCUGGCUGCCCCUCAUCUCUAAGCUGUGCCACCGGGACACCAAGAAGUUCUUGUGCUCGCUGUUCGCUCCCGUGUGUCUACCGGAGCUCAGCGGUCCGGUUAGCCCAUGCAGGAGCCUGUGUGAGGCCGUGCGGGACGGCUGCGUGCCGGUGAUGAGCGCGUUCGGGUUCCCUUGGCCGGAGAUGUUCAACUGCAGCCGGUUCCCGCGCGGGACCGAGCUCUGUAUCCCGGCAACCGGGGAGCACGAGGGGCGGACAGCGGAGGAGGUCAGGCACGAGGAGGCUUUGAAAGGGAGUGUUAUCUGUGAUGCCUGCAGCCUGGCUACUGAAGGAGAGACUGACAUCAAGGAAAAUUUCUGCCACAGUUCAUAUGCAUUUAAGAUGCGUCUGGGCAGUGUGUCGACAGUGGGAGGGGACCGUCAGCUGGUGCCUACGGCCCGCAGCCGCAUCCUGAGGUGGGCAGGGGGAGGUGCAGAGAGGGCUGAAGGGAUCGGAGGUGUAAUGACCCACAGUGCUUUGUGGCUGCAUGAAGGAGGCACGUGUACUUGUCCUGGCCUAGAUUCUGCAGAGGUAAAUGAAGACAGAGCGUUAGAGGAGGAACAGGUAGAUAAGACACAAGCAAAAGAGGGGGGAAAGGAGGGAAAUGGGGCUCAGGGUGGAUGGUACCUGGCCCUGGCUCAGGCUGAAGAGGGAAGACUGGUGCUGACUAGACUAGUGAAGUGGACCAGAGGGGAUAAAGAGCUGAAGAAGUUCAUCAGAACUCUUCUUAAACAGUCUUGUCCAGAGAUGUAGACCAGGAGUCCUCAAUAAUUGCAGUCCUGCCUCAUGGAUGUUGCUUUGUGGCUGUGUGCAGUCUGUAACUAUGGGGCUGCUAACAGCCUCACUUAACAGUAUAGUGACCAAGAGAAAGGAACAGAUUUUCAGCUCACAAAUAGUUUCCAAAAAACUCAGAAUAAAUCUCUUGAAUGCAGAUUGUUAGAUACUAGCUCAAUAAAUCAGCGUUUGAAGAUUAGUUCAAAGAUAUCUGUAAAUCUGCAGACUGGCCACUUAGUUGAUGGAUUGUUCCUGAUAAACUCUGAAUAACAAAGCAAAUCUUUACAAAGUACAUAUUAUUUUGUGUCCCAUAUUAUUAGGUCAUGACUGACAAAAGAGCUGGUGUUUGUGUGCCUCAUUGUAUUUACCAAAUUCCUACAGAAUUCCGGAAAUCUUGCACACACAGUGAUGACGAGGCAUUGUUAUAAAGGUUACUACUAUACAUGGCAUGCAGAGGUUGAUAUAAUUCCAACUGGGGAAAUAUUUGUUUUUGUGUACAUUUGUGUAUAUAUAAGAGACAAAAUGUAACCUUUUAAUCAAAGUAGUUUUAGUACUAAUUGCAGGGGUGUGGGCUGAUCUCAUCAAUGUAAUUGCUGUUAUUCUUGUAACGAUAAAAUGUAUUUUUAUUCUUUAUAUCUUAUCACAAAGUUGUAAUACUUUUAUAUAUAUAUUAAGCAUACACCAUUAAUAUAACAGACUUGAAACAACAAACAUGUCAGGAUGCUUUAGUCUAAAAUCACAUCAAAAGAGAAGCACUGAAAAGCAAGACAGGAACUGCAAUGUGAACAAUAAAUCAUUUACAUUCGGGUUUGGUCUUAUUUUCACAUUUCAUGACAUUUAUUUGUACCUAACACGAUUCAACUAAAGCUAUAAAUGAGU